AAAUGUUAAGAGAGCAGAUGAUUCAGAAACUAGCAUACAAUCAAGUUAUGUAGUGCAAACAACAAUGCCAAAAACACUGCCAACUAUAAUCCCGUCGAAGCAAAAUACUGGACCUUCAACUAACUUGGGAUCAACAACCUAUGAAACCGUAGUCACUUUUACCACUGGAGAUUCUUCGACUCCUUCAAAUAGUGAUUUUACACCAUCUAUUCCAAAUAAAGCUGGCUCUGAAUUGAAAAUAUUUUGGAGUGCAAUGUGCUUUUUAGCACUAUUUGGGAUUUUUGGUGGUAUUAAUUUAAUAUAUUGA